AUGCCUGUCAAAAUCCUUAUCUUUCUCUACCGCAAUCCCCGUCUGUCACCAGAAGACUUCAAAAAGCACUACGAGGCACACAUCAAACUCGUCAAAAGAGUCACCGGCGAACAUUUCCCCCUUUCUCACCAUCGAAACUAUAUCGCGCGCUCCCGGGUUGAAAUCCCUCCGGAUGGCUCCACCGUGCGCAAUGCCUUCACCCCGGCCACGAUCCUCCGCGGGCGACAGUCGGAUUUCGACUUUGAUGCCUACGCCGAACUUACCUUCGCGGAUCAAGCUGCCUACCAGGCCUUUGCGGCGAGGAUUUAUGCGCCGGAUGCUGCGGCGCAGAUUACGGCUCACGAGGACAAGUUUUUGAGUCGGGUGGAGUGUGGGAUUGCUGUUGUGGAGGAGGUGAGGAUCACGGUCAAAUCAGUCAAAUGA